AUGGAUGCUAAACAAAACCCUCAAACUAGAACAAAUUGUAACUCACCCGAAUUCGAGUUCUGGAUGCUCCGAAACCCGUCUUUUCCACAACCGAAUCUUCUCACUGCCGAUGAACUCUUCGUCGACGGUGUACUCCUUCCCCUCCACCUUAUCCCUGUCACGAAUAACUCUGAUCCACCAAACCCGGACCCACUAGUUAAAGACCCGGAUCCAGAACCCGAAUCUUCACAACCCGAAUCUUCACCUGCUAUAACUGAAUCCUCAACCACCACCACUUUCUCAUCUUCAAAACGGUGGAAAGAUAUUUUCAGAAAAGGUGAGAAAAAAACCACAGAAAACAACAACACAGAACAGAAAGAGAAAGAGAACAAGAAGGAGAAGAAGAAAGAGAGAAAAAACAAAAGCGGUUCCACUUCUGCAGAGUUGAACAUCAAUAUAUGGCCAUUUUCACGAAGUAGGUCCGCGGGUAACACCGGCACCCGACCUAAAUUAUUCCCCGGGGCUCCGGUUACCCGGAAAGUCAACAGUGCGCCGUGUUCUCGUAGCAACUCAACCGGAGAAUCCAAGUCGAGGAAAUGGCCGAGUAGUCCGGGUCGGGCCGGGGUUCACGUCGGUCGGAGCAGUCCAGUAUGGCAGGUUCGUCGCGGUAUCUCCAAAAACUCAGAGCAACAAACUCUCAACGCAGAGAAAGCGUCAAAGACUGAAUCCGCCGCAACUCGCCGGAGCAAGGUGGUUUCUAACGGCGGAGGUAAAACUAGGGUUUUGAGCUUGAAUGUUCCGAUGUGUAUUGGCUACAGACAUCACUUGAGCUGUAGAAGUGACGAGAGCGGUUCCGUUGGUGUGAGUGGUGGCGCCGUGACGAACGGUGGUGGUGAGUGUCAUAAUGAUGAAGGAAGUGGGGGUAACAUUUUUAAUCUACGCAACCUCUUCACCAAAAAAAGCAUAGUAACUUCUCACUAG